AUGGACUCUUCUUCGAGUUUACAGAAAGUACACCCUCUAGGCGUCUUUCCAGAACAGGUCACUACACGAGAGACUACUCUGAUCAUCUUGGGAAGUCUUGGGUGGAACUGCGCAAAUUUUACCGUCCAAGAUGAACAAGGAAGGGAGGUGAUGAAGGGACAUCCGGGAGGGAUCAAGUCUAGCAUGACGGGCGAGGACGGUAAAGUGGUGUAUGAGAUCCAUCGGCGAUUGGGAUUCUCGAAAAAGAUAUGUACAGUCUCGAGUGCUGGGAGGGAGAUUAUGGAGGUGGUGCAAAAGAACAUGUCUUUCAAAACGCGAAUGACGGCAACAUUUACCGACGCUAUCGCAGGGGACAGUCGGACGCUGUCGUUAUUGGGAGAUUGGAAAGCCAAGAAUUUUGGGGUAAAGACGGAGGAUGGAGAUGAAGUGGCGUGCGUCAAGAGGAGUUAUAGGAAGCAUUGGGGCUAUCAUUACGCGCUGACAGUGGCGGAAGGUGUCGACCUGGUUUUGAUAAGUGCGCUGGCCGUUUCUCUUGUUGUUUCGUCGAUGGAGGAUGAACAGGCUGUGGUAGUGGCGUAG